AUGACGAUCGCACCCAUCACAGACAGCACAAGCCUCCUUACCCCCUUCGAGGGACGAUGGAGCGUCAAUGCCCUCAUUGAUGACGUACUUGAAAUCGGCCGAGACCACGUCUGCGUCUCUUACAUCAAGUCCACUGAGCCUUUCGAAUGGCAGCAUGUCACUGGCGCUGACCUCGAUCGAUGUCUUCGCUCUGCAACUGCAUACUAUGCCCAACACGUCGGUGUUAGAGGUCACGACCAGCCGUGCAGACAGAUUGGCCUGCUGUCCGACUCUAGCUUCGACUUGCUCGUAACGAAAAUGGCAAUGAUCCGUCUGGGAUAUGGCGUCGUCCUCAUCUCGCCCAACAACUCGGUGCCAGCCAUCGUCCACCUCCUCAAAGCCACAAACUCCGUCACCCUGGUACCUAGUGCGGAAAAGCGGAGAGAGGCAGAGCAGGCUCGUCAGCUGCUGUUGCAGGAACAGGACGGCAAACUCGACAUCGUCGAUCUGUGUCCAAUCCAUGAGGCGAUCCAGCUUGGGCAGCUUCCUCCGCCAUCCACCAAGAGGGAUCCUUUCCAAGCUCAGAUCUCGUAUCAACAGCAGGCGCAAGAACCUUCAUUCACCUUACACUCGAGCGGCAGCACCGGUUUUCCCAAGCCAUACUCAUAUACGCACGAGACGUAUCUGGUCAUCAUUGCUGACUACAUGCCCUAUGAUGCCUUGUGCACCGCGCCCAUCUACCACGGCUUUGCGUGUGCGGUUGCCUGGAGGCAGCUCAUCCAUCACCGCCGACUCUACCUCUACACUGGCACCAUCCGCCACGACCUUGUCGCCAAGGCUGCCCGCAACAGCACCGCCGAGAUCAUCUACGCGGUGCCAUUCACGUUCAAGAUGCUCAGCGAACAGAAGGAGAGCCUCGAUACGCUCCGCGCCGCCAAGGUCUGCUGCUACAGCGGUGCACCUUGUCCCAUCGAGGUCGGCGAUAUGCUCGUGGCCAAUGGAAUCAAUCUCGUUGCCUUCCUCGGCGCCACUGAGCUCGGUCAGAUCAUGGACAGCAUACGCGACUUUGCCAACGACAAAGGCUGGAACAUCAUGCGUCCAAGUUCGCGCGUCGCUCCGUACCUCAAGUUCGAGAACGUUGGUACGACCCAGGAGGGCCCCUACGAGAUGGUCUGCAUCAAAGGCUGGAAGGGCUUGUCGAAAGUGAAUCGUCCAGACGGUAGCUACGCAAGCGGUGAUCACUAUCGCAUCGUGCGCAGCGACGACGGCAGUAUCCGAGGGUACGUGUACCUUGGCAGAGGAGACGACACGCUUGUCCACCUCAACGGCGAAAAGACAAAUCCGGUCCCCAUGGAGCAGAGCAUCAAAUCAUCUCCGCUGCUGCGCGACUGUCUCGUCUUUGGCGCUGGUCAGCCGUGCACUGGUGCCCUAGUCAUCCCUUACGAACAUGCUUGGAAGGCAUUGGCAUCUUUGUCCGAGUCGGAUCGACAGACCGCGCUGAAGAAGCAGAUUGAGCCGCUGGUACGCGAAGUCAACUCGCAGUGUCCCUCUCAUUCGCGCCUCGUUCCGGAGAUGAUCCUGUUCCUCGAUCCUUCGGCACGCUUUCCCCUGGCAGACAAGGGCAGCGUCAAGCGAGCCCCGGCCAACUCGCUGUUUGCCCAGGAAAUCACUCAGCUGUAUACCGAGUUUGACUUGGGCACUUCCACCCCUGACGAACAAAAAGGAACCAUCGAGUCGUCAGCGCAGCUCAGAAAGUUGCUGCAGAACAUUCUCGAACACUUCAUCGAGCUGACUCUCGAAGGCAAGGAGGACGUCGAUCUGACAAGUCUCGGCGUCGACUCGGUCAUGGACAGUCAGAUCCGCAGCCAGAUUCAUCGAUCGGUGCGGAUGCAAGGACCGCUUCCAAAUACGGUCGUCUUUCAGCAUCCGACGCUCAACAAGCUUACGCAAGCAGUGUAUCUUCACAUCAAAGGCCAAGGUACGAAUGGCGCCGCGACCGAGGCAAACAAGGAGGAACAAGAUCGCAAGUCCUACCAGAUGCUUGAUGAUCUGCGUUCCAAGCUCGAAGCUCGCGAUGCGAGUCUGUCCGAGACAGCGCCUCGGAACGCCAAGGAGACAGUCGUUCUGACCGGCGCUACGGGCUCACUCGGUGCACACAUCCUCGACCAGCUUCUCCGAAAAGAUUCGGUCGCCCAGGUCAUCUGUCUCAAUCGCGCUGCUGAUCAUCAGGAAGCAAGCAAGCGGACGGAAGAAUCGCUCAAAGCGCGUGGCCUGACAGUACCUGCGGGCCACGAACGUGCGCGACUCGUAUCAAUGGCGGCCGACAUCAGUCAGAAAGAUCUGGGCUUAUCGCAGCAAGAAUACGCCGACUUGGCCGGGAGCGUCACAUGCGUGGUGCACAACGGAUGGCCGGUCAACUUUGUCAUGUCGGUUGACUCCUUCCAGAGCGUCCUCGAGGGCACCGUUGGGCUGAUGAACCUGGCAGGGCAGAGUACCGCAUGCCGCAAACCCCGAUUCAUCUUCUCAUCGUCCAUCUCCGUGGCGUUCAAAAAUCCUGGCGCCGUCAUUCCGGAGACGAUCCUCGAUCAUCUGGAUCAUACCCACGCGCUGGGAUACGCCCACUCCAAGUGGAUUGUCGAGAAUCUGUGUCGCGAUGCCGAGGCCCUCGUUGGCGGUGGGUUCCAGUCGGUGGUCAUGAGGAUUGGACAAAUGGUGGGCGACAGAUCUGCAGGGAUCUGGAACGAGACCGAGGCGCCACCUCUGAUGAUCAAGGCUGCCCAAACCAUUGGCUGCCUUCCGGACCGGCUCGAUGAUCUGUACUGGCUUCCUGUCGACGUCGCAGGUCUCGUGGCAGCGCAGCUUACGACGGCCGACUUGUCAAGCGACUGCGAGCUGGUGCAUGUCGUCAGCGAGGAAGCAAUGCCUUGGAAGACAGCACUCCUGACGCUCGCUGAGCCGCAAAACCUCGGCAAGACCUUCGAGGUGGUUCCUUAUGCACAGUGGGUCGAGCGGCUGGAGCGCUCGGAUCGCAAUCCCACUCGCAACCCAACCAUCAAGCUGCUGGAUCACUACCGAACAAUGCAACGCGAUCUGGAAAGUAGCGAUACAGUGAUUGGCCAAUUUGACACGACCAAUCUCAGGAGGAUCGUCGCUUCAUCUCCGGAGAAGGAUGAAAUUCUGGAGGGUUUGACAGCUUAUCGACCCGAGUACCUCAGCCGCACCGUGGCAGCGUGGAAGCGCUCUGCGUUCCUUCAGUAG